AUGCCUGUCAAGGUCGGAAUCAACGGCUUCGGUCGUAUUGGCCGCAUCGUCUUCCGCAAUGCCGUCGAGCACCAAGACAUUGAGAUUGUUGCUUGCAACGACCCCUUCAUUGAGCCACACUACGCCGCCUACAUGUUGAAGUACGACUCCCAGCAUGGCGUGUUCAAGGGCGACAUCGAGGUCGACGGCAAGGACCUCAAGGUUCAGGGCAAGACUGUGCGAUUCUACACCGAGAAAGACCCGGCCAACAUCCCAUGGAGCGAGACCGGCGCCGAGUACAUCGUCGAGUCCACUGGUGUCUUCACCACCACCGACAAGGCCAGCGCACACUUGAAGGGUGGCGCGAAGAAGGUCGUCAUCUCCGCCCCAUCCGCCGACGCACCAAUGUUCGUCAUGGGUGUGAACAACAAGGAGUACAAGUCCGACAUUCCCGUCGUCUCCAACGCCUCCUGCACCACCAACUGCCUUGCUCCGCUCGCCAAGAUCAUCAACGACAAGUACGGUCUCGUCGAGGGUCUGAUGACUACCAUCCACUCCUACACUGCCACCCAGAAGACAGUGGACGGCCCAUCUGGCAAGGACUGGCGCGGUGGACGCACGGCGGCACAGAACAUUAUCCCUUCGUCCACGGGUGCCGCCAAGGCCGUCGGCAAGGUCAUCCCAAGCCUGAACGGCAAGCUCACUGGCAUGGCCAUGCGUGUCCCGACUAGCAACGUCUCUGUCGUCGACUUGACUUGCCGUAUCGAGAAGGGUGCGUCGUACGAUGACAUCAAGAAGACCAUGAAGGAGGCUGCCGCUGGAGAGUACAAGGGCAUCCUCGGCUACACCGAGGACGAAGUCGUCUCAACCGACAUGAACGGCAACGUGAACUCCUCCAUCUUCGACGCCAAGGCCGGCAUCUCGCUCAACGACAACUUCGUCAAGCUCGUCAGCUGGUACGACAACGAGUGGGGCUACUCCCGCCGUGUGCUCGACCUGCUCGCCUACAUGGCCAAGGUCGACGGCCACCAGACCAAGGAGGUCUAA